AUGGAGACCCGGAAACUAGCAGGAACCGGCGUGAGAACAAUCAUUCUCUACCACAGGGUUGGAGAUGACGUAGCUUUGCAGAAUAACGUUGACUUAUCGUCUUCCAACUGCUCCGAUGUUGAGUGGAUUUACAGCAGAGACACAAGUUCAGCGUCUCAUGAGGAGUUUGGUUCUGGAGCUGGCAGGAUGGACAGGAACUGCUCCCUGAUCAUCACCAACAUCACCGCUGGAGACGCUGGUCUCUACGAGAGCCGGCUGAGGGACAAGUACAACACCGUUGUGUAUCUCAGUGUUUUAACAAUCUCUCCAUCUCCACCAGAUGUGGAUCCAGGAAGGGAUGGAAACGUGACAUUACGCUGUUCUCUGGUGAGAGACCGUUACUUCGGUCCCUGUGAGCAGAACAGCAUCAUCUGGGUGGAUGAGACAGGAAGUGUGCUGCUUGGUGAAGGUGAUGGGUUUGUGUCUGGAGGACAGAACAACUGUGUUUCUGAUCUGAUGGUGAAACAUCAGAGACGCUCCAAGAGAAGAUUCACCUGCCAGGUUGUUGAAGGAGACAGAGUGGAGAUAGAUGCUGAAUACACCCCCCCCCAGAACACCCAGAAGGUUGUCCUUGGAAGGGCCCAUCAGUCCCUCACUGGUGGCUUAAUCAGCCGACCAUAA